GUAUCAAACAGCCCGCCUCACCUGAGGCCACGGGGGCUUCCAGGAAGGAAGGUGUCUCUGCCGACUGAUGCGGUCAAGCUUCAAACGCACCUCCAAAACGUCUGAGGCAGACAGCUGAGAGAGGGCGGAUCAGAGGCAGAGGAGGGUAUAAAAACUAACACACCUGAAAGCAGCAACCAGGUGAAGGAACUUCAGAAGCUGCGACCACAAGUUUCACAGAGGAAAUACAGCAACUCUUCCAAUAAGCAGAAAACAGAAAGAAAACUUUGUCUCAGGGUGUGAUCGACGGGUCGGAGGAUGUGGCGCAGCGUCCUGUGUGUGUCUGUGGUCUGUACUCUGGCUCUGGACUCCAACAACAUCAGAUCCUCCAACGAGGCGACGCUGCCGAGCUCCGAGCCACCGAGAGGAGGCUGCAGUAACAGAGCUCAGAGGAAAGCGUCCUCUGCUGUGGACAGACAGCGAGACAGAGAUGUGGACAGGCAGACGGACAGUGUCGGCGUGAACAGGACCAAAGCCCAGGUGACGUGGGGCUGCGUGCGCUCCAGGGAUUGUGGUGCCGGGCACUGCUGCGCCCGCUACCUUAAAACGAAGCGGUGCCAGAGGGUCCCAGUGGAGGGCGAGGCCUGCCAGCUGCAGGGCUCCAAGCGCAGGAGGAACCUGGGCCGCUGCGACUGCGACGCCGGGUUGUCCUGCACUGCCGUGAACCCGGCAGAACCGGGUAAACAAAAGCAUCAGGGGGUGUGCGUGCAGCGACCCGGCCCGGCCCGGAGGACGAGCAGGCACUCCGGGAAGAAGAGGACGGCGGCGCGGAGCUGCUGAAGGACCCACGCCAGCUCGUCAUUUAAACCUGCUUUAGCUUCACGAUACAUCACAUGACCUCCAUCUAGGAAAUGAUCAGAGAGGAGCCCCUGUGGUUCAUAAUGAGGCUCGCAGCCCCUCGGUGGCCUCAGGCACUAAAAGCUAGAGACAAUUGUCCUUCUGUUACUGUAUUUAAUUAAAAACCAUUAAUAAAACUAGACAAAAGUUGACUCUGUGGUCAGCUUCAGACUAACCUCAACCCCUAAAACUGAUUCAUUAAUCUGACAAGAAACCAAAUAUUUACCUGGAAUCAUGCAAAACCACAAAAAAGGAUCAGAGCAGCUCUUCACAAACUGGACACCGACACAUCAGGACUCCGUUAGUCCAGGUUCCACAUCCAGCAGUCUGGUCUCCAGUGGCCAGACCAGUAAAAUAAACAUCUACCAGUACUUUGUCAAGUUGUUUACAGCUAAUGAACUUUUAGGAAAUAGAAAGUUUCUGGAGGAAAAAAAAAAAAAGUUGCCUCAAUUCAUCUUUUGUUCAUGUACAAAGUUUCUGUUCAUCUUAUUUGAUAGAUUUUUUUUUUUAGAAUAUGUUCGAGUCAAACGUUCAGACGAAUUAAACAUUGGGUGUAACUGCAAAGCGUCAAACCUUUUGACUGGUAAUUAUAAAUUUACAUCUAUGUCCAUCCAUGUUCUACACCACUUAUUCAGCUGCAAGCUCACAGGGAAGCUGGACUCUACCCCAGCAACUGCAGGUGGAAGGUAAAUAAACCUGAUCUGUGAGGAAACGCUGAUCCAGGUGAUCCUGUGGCCCUGAAUCUCUUCCCAGGUUCUCCGUACCCUCUGAUGGGCAUCAUAGCCGUUCGCAGAUUGAGGAGAAAAUACAGGAACACACAGAAACACUUCUCUGGAAUUAUCAGCAUCCCAAACAAUCAUUUUCAGACUCCACCCCCCCCAUUUAUUAAAAUGCUCCGACUUUGUUGACCCAGGUCUCCCUGAGCAGCAGGAACAGCAGCGUGCAGUACUGCAGGCUGACCAGCAGAUGUCAGCAGUUCACCUGAAACUUCAGGUCCUGAACAACUAAAUCCUUUACAUCCCAGAACUAAUAAAAGCCAGUCA